AAAAGAUUCACCCAGCUGUGGUGGACGUGCCAAAAACAUGGACGUGGCUUCUCGAUUGAUGAUAUCGUAACUGAAGAUAUACACACGUUUUCCAGAAAGGUGUGUGUUAACUUGAAAUGUGUUCCUCUGGUUCGACGUCAUCCGAGACUGUACGACGGAGUGAAAUCACGAUGCAGAAAGUAUUUAUUUUAUUCGUUGGCGUGGUUCUUGGAGUCAUGGCAACGAAACUGGUACUCAGUACGUCCAACAGUGACUGUGGUAUCAAAAGUGAUGAAGUCAAAGCGGCAGUGGACGCUGCUAAAACGAGAAAUCGGUUCUCUGACCGAGAACCUACAAUAUUCAGUAAAAUCAUUGAUAAAACCUUACCUGCUACAAUUAUACAUGAAGAUGAUCAGUGUCUAGCAUUCUGGGAUGUGAAUCCACAAGCUCCAAAACAUUUUCUGGUGAUUCCCAAGCUUCCCAUUCCUAGAAUCAGCAAUGCCGAUGACUCUGACACGCAGUGUGUGGCUUUUCUUAGUAAUAACCCAAGAGCUCCAGUACAUUUCCUGAUUGUUCCACGGGAACCGGUUCCGGCGCUUGAGAUGAUGGAUGAUGAUGAUUCAGAGGUAAAAUCUUUGAUCUGUAAAGUGUUACUUCUCUGCCACUGGUAUCCUUUUAUUUAA